GCUCUAUUCCGAGACGGCGGCACCGAACGGGAGGCAGGAAUGGUGUGGGAUAGCCGGACACGCUCGGCGCUCUGAGACCGCAGGAGGACAAGGCCCGCGCGCGCACGGUUUUUGGAGAGCACCUGCCCAGACAGAGGCCGUGGCCGAGGAUAGAGGGUCGCGAUGGAGAGUGAGCAGGGCUCAGCGUCCUGCGGAGCCGGCGGCAUGGGCCCCGGAAACCCCAACACCACCACCAACCCCAACGCCAUGACCAACCCCAACGCCAACCCCACCGCCAUGACCAACCCCAACCCCAACCCCACCACCAACCCCAGCACCAGCACCAGCACCGCCAGGCCCACCGUACCACAGAUAUCCGUCUACAGUGGGAUCCCCGAUCGGCAGACCGUGCAGGUGAUCCAGCAGGCCCUGCACAGACAGCCCAGUACAGCGGCUCAGUACCUGCAGCAGAUGUACGCAGCGCAGCAACAGCACCUCAUGCUGCAGACCGCAGCGCUGCAGCAGCAGCAGCUCAGCACCGCCCAGCUGCAGGGCCUGGCCGCCGUGCAGCAGGCCAGUCUCGUGGCGGGGCGGCAGAACUCAGCCCAGAAUGGAAGCUCAGCCCAGCAAACAGGCUCUGCCACUCAGACCACUAUUAAUCUGGCCACCUCUCCUGCGGCCGCUCAGCUGAUCAGUCGUGCUCAGAGCGUAAGCUCCGCCCCCGCAGGGAUUACCCAGCAGGCCGUGCUCCUGGGAAACGCCUCCAGCCCCGCCCUCACUGCCAGCCAGGCGCAGAUGUACCUGAGAGCACAGAUGCUCAUCUUCACCCCGACCGCCACCGUCACCUCCGUGCAGCCUGAGGGCACAGCGCCACCCGCAGGACAAGCCGCCACAGCGCAGGUACAGAACCUGGCGCUCCGGUCCCAGCAGGGCCCCACGGCCGCCCCUCCUCCCCAGGCUCAGAUCCAGGGCCUGCGGCUGAAACAGACCCCUGGGGGGCCCCAGCUCUCCCUGACCGGCCUGGCCCCCCCCGCGGCCCAGCUCAAACCCCCGGGGGGGCCGCAGGGGCCCGGGCCGGGGGGGAAGGGGCCCGCGAACGACCCCCCCGCGGAGAGGAAGGCUGAGGGCGGGGCCAGCGAGCUGGUGACCCGCAUGGUCAACGUGACCCGGAACGUCACGUCCGUCACCAACCACCACCUCCUGACUCCCGCUUACACACAGAUCCAGCCUCACCAGUUGCACCAGCAGCAGUUUGUGAUCCAGCAGCAGCCGCAGCUCCCCCAGCGGAGUCCCACCCCCCUGCUGCAGGCCGGACCCCUCCAGAACCACAACCACACCCAGAACCACGCCCAGGCCCAGCUCCAGCUCCCGGGGCAGGGCCUGCCCAUCCAGCCGGCCCCUGCCUCCCAGUGCGCCGUCCCGGUUCUGCCCAAACCGCCUGUGCCGGCGCACCAAGCCACCAUCUUCCACUCCACCCUCAGCCCCCCCCUGGCCCUGCCCAAGACCCAGCCCAUCCAGCUCACGGCCAUCAACCUGCAGAUCCAGCCUGCUCUGCCCCCAGCACCAGCACCCACACAAACACCCAUUCUGGCUGCUCGCAUGGUCCAGGAUGGUCCCGGCAAAGACCAGCCCACCCCACUGGUUGUCAGGGAGACCUGCCCCACCCCCAGCCCCCAGCAGCCCGUAUCCAUGCCCUCCCAGGGGGCCACACCGUCCGCUGAGCACUCUGGCUCCAGACUGACCCCUCUGGAACAAGAUUCGGGUGGUGCGGAGGCGGUGAAUGCGAAGCCAGGCGGGGGCAGACAUUCAGCCAUGACCUCCGGGAACGGAAACGACGGGCCGACCGUGGCCGGCAGCGCACCGCAGAACGGCGAGAGCAAGCCGCCCCAGGCCAUCGUGAAGCCGCAGAUCCUCACCCACGUCAUCGAGGGCUUCGUCAUCCAGGAGGGAGCGGAGCCUUUCCCCGUGGAGCGGCCCCCCCUCCUCAUGGACAAUCUGAUGAAGAAGCCCCACGUGCCGUCGGACAGCGAGAGGCUCCUGCCAGGAGACUGCGUCACCGACGCCGAGAUGGAGGACCUGAGUCGGCCAGAGCUGAAGGAGCAGGAGACCGAGCCCAUGCUGAAGUGUGAGCUCUGCGGUCUGGAGGACUUCGCCGGCAACUUCAAACGCUCGAAGAGGUUCUGCUCCACCGUGUGCGCGAAGAGGUACAGUGUGCGGUGCUCCAAGCGGAUGGGUCUGAUCCACCCGGACCGGAGCAAGCUGGAGAAACACAAGGGCCGGCCGCGGCGUAGCAGCACCGCCGAGACCAAAAAACAGGUGCCCCCGGCCCACCCGCCCUCCUCUGGGGCCGCAGCCUCCCCCCGCCCCCCCUCCCAGCCCCGGCAGGGGGGGUCCAGUCAGUGCUCGGAGAUGUCCAGCUUCGAGGAGCCCCCCUCGCCCCUGUCGGCCGCCAGCUCGGGGCUCCCCCGUCCCCACGGCGACCCAGCGGAGGGGCUCCCCCGGGAACUCCCCCUCCUCAGCCAGCACUUCCUGCCCAGCGACCCCGCCCAGUGGAACGUGACCGACGUGUACGAGUUCAUCUGCUCCCUCCCAGGCUGCCUGGAGAUCGCGGAGGAGUUCCGCUCGCAGGAGAUCGACGGACAGGCCCUGCUGCUCCUCAAGGAGGACCACCUCAUGAGCACCAUGAACAUCAAACUGGGCCCCGCCCUCAAGAUCUUCGCCCGGAUCAGCCUCCUCAGAGACUCAUAGCCCCCACUCCCCCCCAGACCUCUGCCCCUCGUUUGUCUCAGAGUCCUGACUGACGGACAGACACGGUGGUGCCGCAGGCCGCUUGACGGACAGCUGUCAAUCAGCCUGUUUUGGGGAGCCUCCAGGGGCUCUGAACCGCAUGAACUGGACCCAGGAGCAUCAGCACAACCACGGGGUUUCCGACCCGGUCCGCUACUUCAGUCCAGCUCCAGAAGUUUCCAGAACACAAGUUCCUAUCGUUCCAGCCAGUACUGUUGGAGAUGUGUACCAGUUGGCCACUUAUGCUUUUCCAAUAAUUCUAAUAUAUUUUUAUUUUUUAUGACUGGAACCCUAGUGGUCUACGUGUUGUUUUUUGUUGUUGUUAAUAAAUGAAAAAUAAAUCGCGUGUUUCAGA